UAUUAUCGAAAGCGUGUUUAUUUAACUUUAAUACUAAUUGAGAUUAAUUUGUAAAGAAAAAAACGUUAAUUUUAUUUCUUCAAAUUUACCAAAACAAGUAAACAACUGUGUGCGUGAGAGAUCAAAACGAUCCUCAUCUCGCUGGGUUAACUCAGUUGCCAUGGCGAAAUCUUUGAUACUGCUUCACGCUAUAUUCCUCUCUGUUUUUGUCUUUCUCGCCGAAUCGAACGCCCUAUCUUCUCCGAUCGGUGGCGAAACGACGUCGUCUUGUUCCGAACAAGGGAAGGGAAAGUCUUUGGCAUGUCAGGUGGAAGAGGCCAAGCUCGAAAUCAGUCGAUUAGAAUCGAUCCUCGAGGAAAGGAUUGGAGAUAUGAACGCGAAAACUCGGCACUUCGAAGACUGCGAGAAGAAAAUUGAGGAUUUGGCUACGGUGAUUGAUCUUCUGGUAACCGAUUUUUCGAGAUUUGAGAAUGAUUCCUCGCGUGCGAGUGAAAAAUUAACUGACCUUGAAGAUGAGGUUCGGCUUCUAUGGGCAGCCUCUCGGAAGAAUAACUUCGAAAUCUACGAGAUGGAACUCAAAGCAUUAGGUGCCGAAAGAAGAUUGAGAGAAGUUACUUCACAAGUUGGAGAGAUGUCUGAAAUUGUAUCAGAGCAGUGGAUCCAAAUUCAGCAACUUGAGCAGGCUGUUCACAUGGCAGAGAUUCGAGCGUCGAAGGUUAGAAAGAAACUCUGGAAACGAUGCCCGUUUGUAAAGUCCAUUAUUGCUUAUUUAAGUGAUUGCCUCAAAACAUUAAAGCGGAUUCUCGAUCCUUACGUUUCAAGAUAUGCGUCUUUGUUGGUUUCCUGCAAUUCUCAAGCUUUGCAGAUGUUUGCAUCUGCAAAGGGUUAUCAUCAUCAGCUGCAAGAUUUGAUAAGAUAUGCAAUGCAAAACAAUGAACUCACUGCAGUACUUGCACACGAGGAGGUGGUCUUUUUCGUGGCAUCGGCACUGGUUGCGUUUCCACUAAUGACUGCCUGCAUGUUGCUCCUAUCGCAAUUCAGCUAGCUGGAAAUAAUUAUUGCCUUGUGACCAAGGCACCAUACCACUACCCCUAAUGCAUCAAAAAAUUUUAUCCAAAGGAAUUUAUGAUGCCGUUGUGGCGGUUAACUGUCAGGAAAGUUGAUAACGACCUAAGAAAUUAUCGAGGCAUCUUUGAUGGUCGCCUAUCAGGACUACGACGAGGACAUUUCUAAUCGCAAAUUCUGCCACUAGCUUCUCUGCACUGGAAUUCUCGAUCUUGCACCGUCGUUACGUACAUUUAACAAGGUAAGAUUGCAAUUAGAUUUUGCUGCUAACCUUUGUCUUACCCGCAUAGGAGCAUAGAUUAGAACAACUUUAGACAUUUACUAUUUCGAUUAUUUAUUUAUAAUAUAAUCUAGAAUUGUGAAUCUGGUAUGGAUGUUCAUAUAUAGGUAGGGGACACUGUUCAUGUGAUUUUGUUGAGAACAAAGGAGCCAUGUGCACAUGGCUUUAAAUGUUCGGCAAAUAUCGAACGAUGGUGACUGGACUCGAUCAAUUAAUUCUUAGCUGAAUUAGUUUCAGACACAAUUGA